UUGGGGCUGCUAUGGUUGCUAUAGUGUUGUUUUGGCCUUUUAAAUUUUAGCUUUGUAUGUACCUAUUUACUGUGUACUGUUUUUGUUUUUUGCUUCUACUGUAGAGCGCUUUAUGACCUUGGUCUGUGAAAGGCGCUGUAUAAAUAAAGUUUACUUACUUACUUACUUACUAUGUAAAACUGAUCUCUGAGAAGAUGGAAAAACAGAAUCUGACAAACAGCUCAGCAGAACGGUCCACUACUGUUGAAGCAGGCGACUGACAGUCAGUCUGUCAACAGUAAUGUGAUCUUUGAUCCCAUUAGUGAUGAUCAGAUAACACUAAGCAUUAUUUAAUUUAUCUGUACAGAUAUCUGUAGUAAGUGCAGCUACCAAGCUGCUCUUAGGUGUCACCUUUCAAUUCUUACCCCAGUCUCAAGUCCUGUACUGCUUGUUGGUCUGUAUGUUAUAGAAAUAUUAAGCUUUAGACACCACUGGAUUCUUUGGGUGUAUUUAAGUUUGAAUGCUAAAAUCAAUAAACUUACAUUUAGUACAAUGUCCUUGUGAUCCACUGAGUAAGAAGAUGGAUAGAACCACAGCUCAGAGAGGGAAGCCAAAACUCUUAAGGUCCUGACACACCAGCGAAUUUGCGGAGUGAUGCGAAAAAGCGAGACGAAAAUAUUCGCCGUUCCGAAAAAUCGCGGGCGACCACUCUGUGGUACACACUCUCUCCCAUCGUUGCUCUUGGUGCCAGUGGUGGUGUGUGUCAUGUGAACUGCAGCCGCAUGGGUCUGUGACGUCAUCAACAACAUGACUUUUGAUUGGCCAGAGGUCUAGCAGGUCCAGAUAUUCGCCUGCGAAUCUCUGAAAAAUUCGACACAAGAGCGAAAAAAUGAAAGACGCUUUUCGCUCCGCGGAAAAAUCGCCGCCAGUGUGGAAGCUUGCAUUAACUUUAUGCUGUUUAAAAAAAAAAGGCAAAUAAUUCGCCUGGCGAAUUCACGCCUGGUGUGUAAGGACCUUUAGAGCUCUUACUGCAGGAAGCAAGUAAGGUAUUUCCUACAAAUGCUUCCAAUGAAGGAAUUCAGCCUUCUGCAUUCAAAACCCAAUGGUUGACCAUGAAGACCAAAAAGGCAGCAUUUUUGCCUUUGUUUUCAAUGUGAACAUACUUUUGCACUUAAAAUAACACUUUUACACCAUUAAAAUGUUAACUGAUGCAUCAGUGACUACUUUAUAACAGUUUUAAAAUGAUCUUAAAGCUCCUGUGAGGAACUUCUUGGCGCUUCGUGUACAAAACACUUCUGCUUUGCACUUUAGUGGUGUCCUUAAACAAAAUAAUCUCACCAUGCUGACUGUUGACCGUCAUAUACUGUAUAUCAUUUAUUGUGAAUAUUUAACAUGUAAAGUGAAACAGGGCAGUUCCCUCAGCUGCUUGGCUAACCCCUACCCCUUGCACUGGUUUCAGCCAUCAAAAAUAUGAUAUCAAAAUCAUCUGUUUUGUUUUUAUAAUUGUCUUUUGUAAGUCAUGAAAACGCAUCAGUAUAGUUUUCAGUCAAUUUCAUACACAUCAAAAAACUCCUCACAGGAGCUUUAAGUGAAAGUUGUUACCGAAUUCACAGGUAGACGCCGAUUUGACACAUGUUUAGACCAUGUUUCACUUGUAAAUCAGCUCCUAAAGGUUUAUAAAACAUCGUAAAUGAAAAGGGAUUUUAAGCCCCGUGUGAUAAAUAUAGUGGCUAUAAUGCCUUUGAAGGUGAGCAGGGUAUUACCAUUAAAACCUGGAAUUAAGCAUGUGACAUUGACUGUAUAUGCUGGCUGAACACUGAGUAAAACACUGUGUAAAAGUUGUGAUGCCAAUCUAUCUUAUUUCACAAAGUACACAGUCAUAUUCUUUUAAUUUUUACUGUGGAGAACAUUUAAAACUUCUGUCCUUAAAAUCUCUCUGAAUGUUUUUGUUCAUGUCACACAGUCCACAAUAUUGGAAAAUGGAAAAUGACUUUUGUAAAUGUGGUCGAAAUAUUUUUGACAGUGCUUUUUUUUAAGCUGUGUUAUUUGGAAAGUUGGAAUUGCUUGUGAGACAUUCAGACCUGAUUUUAACCUGUUUCAACCAUAGACUGUAUAUAGAAUGGACUGAGUCUGCCUCCUCGCUGGGUGAAGCCACUCCGAGAACAGCACCCUCUGUUGAUGGGCUGCAGUAUAGGUCAUAAAUCUACGGUGGCCUGGAAGUGCAAAACACAACCGCAAAAGAGAAAACACGACAGCAAAUCAAAACGCAAACGCAAAAGAGAAAACGCAACCACAAAAAAGAAAACACGACAGCAAAUCACAUAUGCAAACACAAAAAAGAGAAAACACGACAGCAAAUCACAUAUGCAAACACAAAAAAGAAAACACGACAGCAAAUCACAUAUGCAAACACAAAAAAGAAAACACGACAGCAAAUCACAUAUGCAAACACAAAAAAGAGAAAACACGACAGCAAAUCACAUAUGCAAACACAAAAAAGAGAAAACACGACAGCAAAUCACAUAUGCAAACACAAAAAAGUAAACGCAACCGCAAAUCCCAAAACACGAUAGCAUCGUCUGUCUUCUUCUUCUUCGUUGUAGUUUAAUGGCAGUUUACUCCACUGGGAGUGGAGUACUACCUCCACCUGCUGGAUCGAUGUCGGAAUGGGAAAGUAAGCACUCGAAUCGACUCGUCUGUCCUUUGACCUGGAAAGACACGAACCGCGGCGCGACAGUCAGUGAUGAUGUAUUGCCAAUACUGUGGCAAAGAGCUCCCCGGACAACCCAACUUUUGCAGCAGUUGUGGGAAAAGGCUGCAAGAAGCAGACGGUGACAGUCCAUCAAGUAAGUUAAGGGAUGUUCAAUUAAUGUGUUCUGCUACACAACAUGUCGACUAUUACGUCAUAUUUGUGUCCUGCAUCAAAAUAUUGCUGGAUAAUUUCGAGUACACUUUCGCUUUCGGCGUCCAUGUUCAUGUUUACUUUCCCGUUCCGAACUCCAGCAGGUGGCAGUAGUACUCCACCCCCAGCGGAGAAAACUGCCAUUAAACUACAACGAAGAAGAAGAAGAAGACAGACGAUGCUGUCGCGUUUUGGGAUUUUGAUGUCGUGUUUUCUCUUUUUUGUGUUUGCAUAUGUGAUUUGCUGUUGUGUUUUCUUUUUUGUGUUUGCAUAUGUGAUUUGUUGUCGUGUUUUCUCUUUUUUGUGUUUGCAUAUGUGAUUUGCUGUCGUGUUUUCUUUUUUGUGUUUGCAUAUGUGAUUUGCUGUCGUGUUUUCUUUUUUGUGUUUGCAUAUGUGAUUUGCUGUGGUGUUUCCUCUUUUGUGGUUGUGUUUUGCACUUCCAGGCCACCGUAUAAAUCCCAUCUCCGCCAGCAAAGCUCAUGGGGCUGUGGACGAACUUUAGAAAUUAAUUACACAGAACAUAAAUUUUUCUCCCCCCUGGUGGUGAUGUUGACAUGUAGUUAUUAUACAACUGGUUUGUGCUCAGGUCCUCUUUUUUUCUGUACAGCUUCGUUUUUUAAAAGUUAUUAGGGGGUUCAUGUUUUCUAUGAUUGACACCUGAUACAGCCUAUAGGCGUUCAGGGAUUGCGUAGCUCGCCCGGGGGAUACGCUGUUUGACUCGAGCGUCAUCACAGCGACUCUAGGCGACUGCGCGGCCGAAUGCGCGCGUUGCUACUGCACAGCGCUGGUUUCAGAAAAAAUCCUGGAAAUAUCGAGAGCUAUUUGGCUUCAAAUCCGUAUACAGGCGGUAGGCGGAACCAAGUUGUCCAUAGUAUAUACAGUCUAUGGUUUCAACCCAUUUUUACGUUUAAAUCCUGGUAAGUGCUCACCAGGUAGAACAUAAAGAACUUAAAUCAUGACUCAGCAUUAUUCUUGUUUGGUACUUAUUAACAAUAGCCAGCCAAAGGUCAUGUGGAAGUACUGGACUUUUUUUUUUUUUACUUUAUUUUGACAGAAAACUUUAAAAAAAAAAAAUUUCAAGUUUUGUUGAUAGUCCCAGAAAAACAAUUUGUUUUUCCCUUAGACAUAAAAAAACCCAUUCAAAUAUGAUGAACAGUUUUAGGUGGAUGGCCAUCAUCCUAUAAGCACAGUCUUGCUGAGAUUAGGUUUUCCCUUGCAGUCACGAAGCGCUUGCAGAGAGGGGAUUUAUGUGGUUUGAGUAAAUAUUUCUACUGAAUUAAUUUCUAGAACUCAGUUCUACCCAUGGGAUAGUGUUUGUUGUGUGGAUUAGGUGCUUUCUUGAUUGAUUGGCAUGAUAUGUAAAGAAAAUCCAGGUGGCAGAGAAACUUUUAAAAUAUCCCCAACCCUUGUAGCAGCAAUAUCUGUUUUGCCCUACCUUUAUGCCUAUAAAGUAUUUUUAUGUGACAACUUAAUGACCUUUUGCAGAUAUUCACAGAAUUAAAGGAAAUGAAACCCAGAAGUAGGCACAAACUCUUGAAGGUACAUACAACAAAUAAGUGAACUCCAACAACACAUAAUCAAAACGCUACUCCUGAGAUGCACUGCAACAUCACAGACCGAUGCCCUUGAACAGUAGAAGUGCAUCUCAGAGAGACAAUUUUUUUUAGGGGUUUUCAGGGAGGCAAACUAAAAGAUUGAGCUGUGAAACCUUGAGUAAGAGUAGUAAACUCUUUCUCCUUUCUCAGUCCUUUGAUGUUUCCAAGAAUAGGAAAUAUAUUGGCCCAUAACUCUGCAAAAAUCCCGUCAGUGUUGAAUCAGUGUGAGUAUCCAGGCUUUUAUCUGUUACUACUGUGGCAAGUCACCCCUGUAAAUAAUGUGUUUGUCUCAGUUAAACCUAAGAGUGGGGAAAAUCAGCUCAGACAAAACAAAAAAGUAGAUAUGUCAACUGAGAGACUGCUGACAAUUAAUUCAGCCAAAAAUAAGAGGAGUGAAAGACCCAUCAUCCAUGUUUUCUAGUUGUUUAAUUUAGAGUCUGUACUAUAGUUUUGAGAGGAGGAACAUUUUGUUCACUCCAGUCAGAGACGUCAGAGUGAUAUUAAUAAUUACACGUGGUGACGAUGGAGCCAAACUCAAUUUAGUCUCAAAGAAGUGUGACAAGGUUUUCAUCCUCUGUCUGCACGUUCCCUGUGGCCACUAAUGCCGUAUUAAAGCAUCUAUUGUGUUAUUUUUUACCUAGGACGAAGCAGCCACUUGACUCUGGCCUCCUCAGCCUGAAAAAACAUGACUAAUAUGGUUGAACAGUAAAAUGAAUAAAUGGAAAUUGAAUAAUUUAUAAUCAAAGGAUCAAAUCUCUUUUUAUUCGGGCCAAGCAGAGGCCAUGUCUUUGUUAGUGUGAUUCAUGGCAGGAUCUGACUUCUCAGAGUGUGCUGGUUUAAUCUGAUUUAAUGUGCAGAUAACUAGCCAGUUAAUCCAGAAUGAAGGCUUUUCUUAAUUUAAAUUCUUUCUGAAUGAAUAAAGGAUUAAGCUGCUAUAAUCUACCCUUGGUUUGCAUUGUCAAGAAGUGCAGCUAAUUUUUGUUCCUUGUGAGAUUUAUGGUCACUUCUAACAAGUAAAAUUUGUUGCUUUGGGUAAGAAAUGAUCAGAUUUUAUUUGUGGCAAAGUAAAAGCAGUGUCAAAGAUGGGGUUGCAAAACUGCAGGGGUGCUUAAAUUAUGCUUUUCCUUCUUUCAGAUUUUUAAUUUUUGGAAAUUAUUUACACAAUAAAUAGGCAUGUUCUGACUGUGAAUGAAGCCUGCAACCUCUAUCUGCCUGGUUGUAUGAGGACAUGCGGUUGACAACCAUUACAAAGGAGCUCCAGAGGAAAUAUAAGAUAAAUCAAGCUUUUUCAUCCCUGAAAAUUGUUAAGAUUUGCCACAAUUACAGUAUGGAUUUUGUAGAUAAUGAAGUUUUAAUAAGCUGUUUUUAAUCUAGUUUUAUUGUGCUUGUUCUGUUUUGAUGUUUGGUCUUUGUCCGAGCACGCUGUCUGCUCUGGGGAGCUUUGGGAAUUCAAUCAGAUUCGUCUUUUAUUUAUUAAUCCGUCUGCUGCCAUUGUCGUCUGCCUUGUUCCUAUGCAGCGCGCUGGAGAGCUCCAUGGGCAGGGCAGAUGGAGCUUUAUGAGAACACGUGACGGGACUUGUAGGAGCGAUGCUUCAUAAGUGUGAAGACUCAGGGAGACUGAGAAAGAGAGCGGGAGAGAGAGAGGAAGGCUGUGUGAAACACCGGAGCCAGCAGCAGCAUCAGCAGCAGCAGCACCAACCUGUAUCCACAGUGUAGGAGCGCACUCCCAAGAACGGCGACGCACUUUAUAGAGAAAGAAAAACUUGUUCAAGUCGUAGAAUAUAAGACAAAUACCAAGUAUAAUAGUGAGAAUAGAGGUUAUACACUAAGGAAAGCAUACUAGUCCUCUUUUUGGGUAAAAUCUAUGGAUGAUGCGCUUCUGAAUUGGAUUAACGCGCGGAGAUAAAGGGUGAUUCUGCGCACUUGGAAAAUUAUGUAAGGUAAGAAGCGGUUUUAUGAUUUUAAAUCCAAGAAAGUCGCUUUUAACAAAUUGUUUUCCCGCUUUUUUUUUUUUUGUUUAGUUUGGUUAUUUUGUUUAGUUUUCUUUUGUACCAUGAUUAUUUUCUUUUUUUUAAUUUAUGAAGAUUAUUGAAUCUUUUUACUGAAAUAUCACUUGUUAUUAUCAUAUGUUUUAGACAAAUUAAUGUCAAAAUUACGCCCAUGCAAACAUUAUUGUGCAUAAUGAUCAGUAGUUUUCAUAACUGUGCAAAUUCUGCCCAUUUAAAUUAUGUAAUAGCAAUUCUCCCGCAGAUAUAUGCCCGAGCUCUUUAUCCUCAAAGUAUAUCACAACCUGAAUUUGACAGUGUUUCAUCACUUUACUUUCUGGUCUUACAGACUAAUUGGUUUGUGCGCCUAUUAUUCAGUAGGCUACUGGUCCAGUCUGUACUGGUGUAGAGUCGAGAUGACUUAAUUGCUCAUGCAGCUUAGUGAAGAAAAUGGAGCAUUUUCACUCCCAGCCUCCCCUUUGUUGGCUUUUAAGUGGGUUUUCUCUUCUUGAGAGGUAGAACUGAGUUAUUCACUUCCAUGUUUUUAAUAGGCACAAAAGAACUCAGUUUUUAAUAAACCAUCUAUUGUGUGGUUUAUGUCCGAAGACUUUACAAAAUAUUUACAAAAAGAUCAGUAAUUUCAUAAAUCUCUCAAAUAAUCGCAUUUAAAAAUUAUUCUAAGAAAUUAUAUAAGAUAAUGUUAAAGCCAGUAUAUAUUAUUUUCAUAGAUGUGGGUCCAUUGUUGGACAAGUGUAGCUACUCUAUUCUUAACACCUAAGGGAUUCUUAUUUUCAGUUUUUUCCAACAUGUCUGAAAUAUCUCUCAUCCCCUCGCAGGUUGUCCAGGCGUCUCUGACAGCAGUAUUCCUCAGACACAGCCAUGAAGUCUGUGUUGGAUGGUGUGGCAGACACCACCUUCCGGACUAUUACAUCUGGUUUACAGUUUUUGGGCUCCAACGACGCCAACUACGAUGACCCCAUUAACGAUGUGAACUUCAAGGGGGGUUUCUCUCUGCAGAAACCUUUGUCUGCAUUUCGCAGCAACCCCUUCCCAGACAAAGUACCUGUGGACGAGGAGCUCAUCCUAAAAAACAUCCCCUUCCCCACAAAUGCCACAGACUUGUUUGGCAACAGGACCACGUUCAGAGAUGAGACAAACACCAUACAAUGUGGGGAGAACUUUAUGGACAUGGAGUGUUUCAUGAUCUUGACACCCGGGCAGCAGCUUGCAGUGGCUUUGCUGUCUCUGACUCUGGGUACUUUCACCGUGUUGGAGAACCUGGUGGUCCUCUGCGUCAUCCUACAGUCGCGAACCCUCCGCUGUCGGCCGUCCUACCACUUCAUAGGCAGUCUGGCUGUGGCUGACCUGUUAGGGAGUGUCAUAUUCGUCUACAGUUUUCUGGACUUCCAUGUUUUCCACCGGAAGGACAGCCACAACGUUUUCCUCUUCAAGCUGGGUGGAGUCACAGCGUCGUUCACUGCAUCAGUAGGGAGUCUUUUCCUCACUGCUAUUGACCGCUACAUUUCCAUACACCGGCCUCUCGCCUACAGGCGUAUAGUCACUCGGACCAAGGCUGUCAUUGCCUUUUGCAUGAUGUGGACCAUCUCCAUCGUCAUUGCUGUGCUACCUCUGUUUGGCUGGAACUGUAAACGCCUCAACUCCGUCUGCUCAGACAUAUUCCCUCUGAUUGACGAAAACUACCUGUUGUUCUGGAUCGGUGUAACCAGCGUUCUUGUUCUGUUCAUCAUCUACGCCUACAUUUACAUCUUGUGGAAAGCACACCACCACGCUGUACGAAUGCUGAGCCGCACCUCCCAAAAGAGCCUUGUUGUUUACUCGGCAGAUGGGACUAAAGUGCAGACCACACGCCCAGAGCAGGCCCGCAUGGACAUCCGUCUUGCCAAGACCCUGGUGCUCAUCCUGGUGGUGCUGGUCAUCUGCUGGGGCCCUCUGCUUGCCAUUAUGGUCUACGACCUCUUCUGGAGGAUGGACGAUGACAUCAAGACGGUGUUUGCAUUCUGCAGCAUGCUUUGCCUGCUCAACUCCACUGUCAACCCCAUCAUCUACGCCUUGAGGAGCAAGGAUCUGCGGCACGCUUUCCUCAGCUCCUGCCACGCCUGCAGGGGAAGUGCUCAGCAAUUGGAUAAUAGCCUUGAGUCUGACUGCCAGAACAGAAACAUCUCUGCCAAUCGAGCUGCAGAGAGCUGCGUGAAGACCACUGUGAAAAUAGCCAAAGUAACCAUGUCUGUGUCAACUGAGACUUCUGCAGAAGCUGUUUAAUUGGCUGUCACAGGGGAAACUGUGUAAAUGUCAUCCUCCCCCAAAAAGAAUGCCAUUCAACACAAUAAGCAGUAGUUAGGUAUUUCAGAGCAAAAGAAAAAAAAAAGGAAGAAUUCCUCCCCUGAACAUACAUCCUCAUAUAGACGCUUCAGUGGUUGCAUUAUUUUAGGUCAAUGUGUGAGUACAUGGUGUGCCAAAGUGCCAAAUGGUAUUGUAAAUUCAGAGAAGGGACUCUAAUUCAGAAAGGAUUACCACAGGCUAGGGUAAAUCUGCUGUAAACCAUAGACUCCAUAAUAUCCAGUUAUUAUAUUUUUGUACUGUGAAUUCAGGUUUUGAAAACAAUAUAUCUUCAUUUAUGGGAUAAGGGGCUACUGACGUUUUUAAUUCAAUAUGUUUUCAUGUGUCAUUUAGACUCUAACACGUGUCACACGCCAUAAAUAUAACAACUUGCGUCUUGAAUUUCUACACAUAUAUGUUGUGCAUAAGCAUUUCUAUGAGCUAAAAGGUCAAAUGACUCUGAUUGUUUAUGUCAAAAAUUGCCAUUAGACAUGACAAUGUUUUACAUCUUUGGACAACACUCAGUGAGUGGCAAAAGUGUGAAGAAAUUGUGAGAAAACAAGAGGUGAUUAAUGCGCUCUCUGAUGAAAAAAAGAAAAAAAAAUCAUUUAUCACCAUCACAAAUAAACUGUGAUCAGAUAGAGGUAAAUGUAUUCAAAGCUUUUCUGUCCAACCUGAGGAGACAUUUUCUGUGAUGUCCAUCUUUUCACUUUCUGGCUGUUAGACCUCUAAAGUAACGUGUCUAUGUUCAGAUGUAAAACCUUAAAACUGUACAGUGUUUUCUCGCAAAAUAAAGUGUUCAAACGGACUCGUUCACAAAGAAACAACAAUAAUAGCCUUGAAAUAAUCUGAAAUGAAGUUGAAUGAAGUGUGCUGGCCACACUGUAAUAGACUGAAUAGAUUUCUGACUAAAGCUGCUUUCAUGAAAUGUAUAAUUCUUUUGGAUUCAGCCUCGUAUGUGUGUGAUACCUUGUGAUUUGGCCUUUUGAUCAUUGCAGUGAGUUGUUUUAGUGCUACUGUUGCAGCGGGGUGUCAUUUGGAAUAAUAAAAGUAACCCAAACAUUGAAGUACUUUUAGGGUGACUGAAUAAAAGUAUGUCUGCUGUUCACUUUACUUAUCUAAACAGAGGAACAUGGGUCUUUUCAUUAGCCAGUAACUUGAAUGGAAGUCUGUGUGUAUACGUCGUGUGGAGAAUCUACAACUAAGCUUACAAAAGAAUCUAAGAAAAAUGUGACUUUUCUAAACCAUACUUUGAAUCUAGAAAUCUCUCAGCACAAUUGUUCUGUAGACAUUAAUCUUGGUGUAAAGUAAUCCAGAAAAGCUGUUUAUCAGUAUGCUUUGCUGCCUCUCGUAUUAUUGAGUAUUGAAAAUCAAUAUGUCAACUGUCAAGUGGCUUCUGUACAGCGGUGGCAUAAUAAGAACUUAAAAAUCACAAUCAGUCAAGUGUUUUUGGUAUUGCUGUUUUCAAACCUUUGAAUAAAGUUGCAGCUGGUUGACAUUUUUGCUUGUGGUCGUUUGAUUGUUCACGUGAUAGCAGGAAACAGAAGUUUGCAGCACAUUUUGUAUGAGUCAUCCAAAGAUUUUUGAGGAACUAUGACAGAGGAAACCAAGCCCAAAACCAUCAGUGAUCUUCUUCUGCCCCCUAGUGGAAAUUCUGCCACUACAGCUGCAGUAUUUAUGAUGGCCGAGAGCAUUUCACACAUUCAUUUUAACUAUCUUUGUUAAGCUGUGGUUACUUUUGUGACCCACUAAGUCGCAAGUCAAAAAGAAAUGCCAGCAACAGCAUCUUCUUACUGAAACAUCUGCUUCGCCUCUCUCAUCUCUUGGCUUAAGGAGAGAGGAAAAUUAAAACAUCUGCUCACACAGAUGUUCAGAGGAUUUUGUUCAUUUAUCCAACAAAUGCUCCAAUCAAAGAGUAGCAAUGGGACAAGCUUAUUGUUCCAUGCGUAAAAGGCUUUUUUAAGAGUUGUUAUGGCACUCAAAUAAAUAAUUAAACAUGGGUUGGGGCUACAGUAAUAGAGUGGAUCAAUAUAUUGAUUGGCUGACUGACAGCUUCCAGCUUCUCUCUGUCUUUUUUUAAAUGAAUAAUGACAUUCUUCUGCUUUUGGAGUGUUGGUAAUGCUGAACAAGAAACAGUAUUUUUACCAAAUUGGAAAAAACAAUGGCAGAAUCAUGAUUGAAAUAUAAUCCAUAGUUUUUAUCAUUAAUUUGCCUUAUCAUAUUGUGUUUUCCAGCAGAGUUAAUAGAAAUACCAGUAUGACAGAGAACAGUGGCACGAAAUACAGUGGAGUCCUGAAUGACAUAAUUGUAUUCAUUUAUUUGUUCUGUAGGACUGCGGUGCAAGC